AUGACCCUGCAGCCUCCCCCUUGGCCCCGCGGUGGGGAACGAGAAGGCUUGACAUCUGAGGCCUCGAGGACAGGGACCGCUGCGUCUCCUCCCGCGCGGGGGCCGCCAGCUACGGGCCAAACCGGAUCCCUUCCUACGCACGCUCUAGACACGGUGGCGAGGGCCCGCGCCGCCUGUGUUCACACCCCUUCCCUCGUCAUAAAGAUGAUCCUAAAUGAGAGAAAGACUUGUUUGUACCUACAGGUGGCCCAUUCAGCCAACAUCUUUCUUUCUAAGAGACUACUGUUCUGUUCUGAGAGCUCCACGCCAGCCAAUCAGAAUUGUCCAUGUACUAACGGAGGCGGGGCCGCUAAGGGAGGAGGAAGGUGGCGGCGGGGGCGAGGUAUUUUCAAAAGAAAUAAUUCCAGAUUGAUGGAUGAAAUUUUAAAACAACAGCAGGAACUUCUGGGCCUAGAUUGUUCCAAAUACUCACCGGGGUUUGCAAAUAGUAAUGACAAAGAUGAUCAAGUUUUAAAUUGCCAUUUGGCAGUGAGGGUGCUGUCCCCAGAAGAUGGAAAAGCAGAUAUUGCGAGAGCUGCUCAGGACUUUUGCCAGUUAGUAGCCCAGCAGCAAAAGAGAUCUACAGAUUUGGAUGUAGAUACGUUAGACAGUUUACUUAGUUCAAAUGGUUACCCUGAUCCUGAUUUAGUAUUGAAGUUUGGUCCUGUGGACAGCACAUUAGGCUUUCUUCCCUGGCAAAUCAGAUUGACUGAGAUUGUCUCUUUGCCUUCCCACCUAAACAUCAGUUAUGAGGACUUUUUCUCUGCCCUUCGUCAAUAUGCAGCCUGUGAACAGCGUCUGGGAAAGUAGUGAUCCCUGGUUGCAUAAUUUGAUUUCAGGCUUUUGGAGAAAAGGACCCAAGUGACUCUGAUGUUUACAAAGCACCUAUGAAACCCUGUGCACACCUAGUUCAUAUUCCUCAUAAUUUAUCAACAAACACAAAAAAGUGUCUUACUUGAGAGUGAGUGUAUGGCGGUGUGUGUGUGUGUGUGUGUGUGUGUGUGUAUGGAAUUAAACUUAUAAAUGGGGGAAGUAUUGGAUAAUGAAAUAUACAGACCUACAACUUUGAGCAUAUAGCAAUGUUAUAGGAGCCAAGAUUUCAGAUAUAAAGCUUUGGGCCCCUACUACUUCCCUGUUUUUGUGGGGAGUAGAGGGAGAGAGUGACUAGAACUGUUUGGGUUGUUUGGGGAGAAGGGAAUAAUUUUUGUUCAGUCUUUCCUAGUGACCAAACUUUAAUUUUUAAAAAUAAUAUAUUAUUAAAUGAAGGUAUUCUCAGUUUGAGGGAGUUGCAGGGGAGUGGAGUUCUGUGUUGCUCACUUGUUAAAAGCUUGCUCCUCUUCAGAGGAGAGAGAAUAUCUAUCUUGAGAUAUCCAUCCACUUUCAUUUCUUACUUCAUUGUAGUUAAACAAUGUGACUUGAGAAUGUUGCUCUGGUGUCUGUGUUCUGUGUUGUGAAGAACAUUUGAAAAGAACUCUUGCUACACUGAAAUGCAGAAUUUAAAAAAUUUAAAUGUUGAAUUAGGCAGUCAAAAGGGAAAAAAGUUGAAUAAGUUGUAAUCUUAAAAGUAAACAUGGAAAAUUUCCUAGAAAAGUUUUGAUUUCCUAUUUUGUGUAAUGAGUAGUAUGCUGCAUACUAUCCAAAGUUGGUUUAAAAAAUAUUUCCAGUAACUAUUUUUAUUUAAAAUGAGCAUUUGAGAGAAAUUAUCAGGGCAGUUCUUUUCCUUAGUAGUAACCUAUUCAUCUUUAAAAUAACACCUGGGAUUUUUUUUUUCUUUUCCAGUAAAUUCCAGUGGUGACUUUGCAUAAAAAAUUAAGUAGGAUUGAGACCUGUGUGUGGGGAAGAAUAUUACCAAAGUCUACAAAAAUAAUUUAGAUUAAUUUUAUAUGUUCUCUUUUAUGACAGAGAACUCAUUGGUUCUGUUUUUUUAAAUGAAUAAAUGAUUUCUUGAAAGGUG